CUCGGGCUCGGGAUAAAGCAAACCAGGCCUUUGCGGCUUCAAAGUAAACCCUUGGGUCCAGACUAACACCGUACAGAAUCUGAUGUGGAGCGCAGCCUCUCGCCCGAACAUGCACUCGUGUUUCCUUGCGCUGUGCCUGGCUGUGUUGCAGGGUUUGAAGAUUGUGCAUUCAUUCCCUAAUCCAUCCCCGCUCCUCAGCUCCAACUGGGGCAACCCGAAGAGAUACGUGCACCUGCAGACGUCUUCAGAAACCAGGAGCUUUUACCUGGAGAUCGAUGAGGAUGGGCAAGUGGGAAAAACAGCCACCCAGAACGCCUUCAGUGUGUUGCUACUCAAGGCGGAAACAAGAGACCGUUUGGCGAUCUUCGGAGUGAAAAGUAAACGCUUUCUGUGUAUGGAUGCAGAAGGAAAGACUUUCACCUCGACCAUCUGCAACAAAGAGGACUGCCUAUUUCACCACAAGCUUUUGGAAAAUAACCAAGAUGUGUACUAUUCCUGCAAGAACAAUCUGGUGCUCAACCUCGAAGGAGUCAAGCACAUUUUUGUCCCUGGACAGAAUCUCCCCGCCUAUUCCCUGUUUCUGUCUGAAAAGAACACCAUCCCACUGGAACACCUGUUGCACAGGGACAAGAGAAAUGGCCAUGUCGGUCCUUUGGAGUAUAUCAGCCACUCAGACCACGUCGACCCUUCAGAUCCCUUAGCUUUAUUCAAGCCCCGCAAUAUCUAUUACGGGGAAACCUCCGACUCGCGGGCCAUCAACACCAACCCAGAGCAUGGUUUUAACGGAGAAGCUCACGUUGUGUCCCGAGAGAGCCUUGGACCGACGUACAAUGAAGAGGUGGACCCAAACGAUCCCCUGAGGCUUCUGGAACCCAGAGAAAACUUCAGCCCACGCUACUUCCAGAACAUGAGAACAUAAGAGAGGGCACAGUCCAAACCACACGUGCUCUUAAUUCCUACUUUUGACCCUCCAUCCUCACUGAAGUCAUCCCCUCGGUUCAACUUUUGUCAGAUAACUUGGAGGCCUUAAAAUAGUCCAGUCCCAUCCCAUUCAACUCAGCUCUGCUUUUGCGGGUGAACAAAAGUGUUUCAAGGGGCUAAGUUAGAAAAAGGAAUAGUGUCAAAUUCUUGUAGGGUUCUUCUACAGCUGGUCUGAAAACCCACUACUGUAUGUAUGUCAGUAAAAUGUUAUCCAGAGGUGUCUGUGACAUAUUGUCUCUGUCUUUCAGACUUACUGAUUUACCUGGACAGGCUAAAACCAUGCAAUUCGGCAG